GGCAUAAACAAGGCACACAAUGCCAAACACUACGGCCCUCAGGCCUCCCUGCCACGGGGAUGCUGCCUUUUCUGCUCCGGAUGUUUCCACGAGGCGGGCAUGGAGUCUUCCCUGGAGAAGCGACAUACCGUGGAGAGACACCAGAAGACACCAUACGGUAAACACAGGAGCCUGCGAGAGAACCUCUGCCCAGCAUGAAUCAACGGCCAAGUGACACGAGUGACACUAUGAGCUUGGUGCCCUCUCCAUCCAGAGCCAGAGGCGGAAGCCAGGCCCUUCCUCCCAGCCCAGACUCCUACAUCCCCAACUUGAGCCAUGGCGCACAUGCUGGGCACUUACUGUGUGCACAGCAGAGGGAGCUGAGCUGCAUCCAGAAACAGACCUAGGAGCUCACGGAGCCAAGGCCUGGGUCUCCACCCCUGGAGGAGGGUGGUGCCGAGAGCAGGGCCCCCGGCUCUCACUGGCCCGGAGCUCACUGUGCAGGGGCAGCCCAGGCCCUCCGGGGAUGCCACUGGGGUGUCGGAGGCCAAGGAGCAGAAACAGCUGUGGGUGCUUCCCUCGGAGGACUGGGUGGGGCUGGGACCACAAGGACCUGCCCACCGCCUUCUCUAUGGGGCAUCUGGCUGUGUCUGGGAGUAUCUUGCGGAAGGGUCCUUUCUACCAUGUGGGAUUGGUAGUCCAGACUUGUCUGGGAGCCAAGGACACCAAGCAUGUCAAGUAGGUUCUUCUAGAAGGUUUUCCCUCCUGGAAUGUCUGUGUCUCUGCCCCUCUCCGGCUGCCUGCAUCAGGAAGGGAGGGAGCAGAUGGGCUGGUGAAGUGAGUGAUGUCAAUCACAUGUAUCUACUGUCCAGGGCUCAUUCUGUGCUGAGGGUCCUCCCGGGAAUAUGUGGCUCACCAGCGUCCCACCCCAUAGAGAAGGUGGGGGGCCAGCCCUGGCAGCCAGGACUGGAGCAGGAGGAGGCUGACCAGGAGCGUGGGGGGUGGGGGAGGGAGAGAGGGACCCCACUGUGCUGCCCCAGCGCAAGGAACACUGGUCUCUCCGAUUCCUGGCCUUCCACGAGGCGGGACGCCCCUCCUCCUUCUCUGGGCUCCACCACCGCGGGGUGGUGGAUACGGUGGGGGCUUCCACCUCAGGACCUCGGGAGCCGCAUAUGUGGCACACAGUGGGCCUCGUCGACAGCUGCUCAUGAGCAAACAGACCCAACCCCUUCUGGUGGCAAAGACGCAGACACACAAGCACACACAGACAGCGACGGGACAGAAAGGAACCUUCCCCAGGGUUUCCCAGACACACCCAGAUGUCUACCUCAGCUCUGCCCCAAGUCAGAGGAUUGCAGCAAUUCUUACCAGGAAGAGUGAUGGCGAAGCCACGUCAUCAACUCUGACCCUUUCGUUUUCAUUUCUGGGUUCUGACAACAGCCCCAGCUCCACCCCUUAAAGCAAGUGGCCGAAAAAUGGACAGCGUACAGUCACUCUGGGCAAAGAGGCCACCCCAGGGGGGCACGGGGGACAGAGGGCCCCACCCUGGGAGGAGAGCACUGUCCCCUGUCCAAGGGCAGGUGCAGCCACCCCCCACCUCCCUUCCCCCCACCCUCUGUCUGCCCCCAGCUUGGCCCCUUUGCCUGGAGAGAUCCUUUGGCUGUUUUGAUCACUUGCUUCUAGGAUGAGGAGGGCAGGGCUGUUGUCAGAGCCCAGAAUCCAAGCCAGAGGAGCAGGUGGACACUGAGGCUGUCCCUUCACCCUGCUCCGUGGACAGUGUUGAAGUGGACAUCUGGGUGUGUCUGGGGUAUCCCAAGUAAGGGUCUUUUGUCAUGUCACUCUGUUGGGGGCGGUGCACAGGGGCAGGGAGUCCUUUCUAUCCCGAGCUCCUCAGACUCCCGGUUUCCCUGGGUCUCAUCUCAGAGCUUUGCCUAUGACCUGGGAGCCCUGUGGGUCCAGGGGAGGGGACUGGACACAGCCCCAUGAGACUGCUGAGACCUGGGCUAGGAACCGGCAGCCUGUGGUUCCUCUGGGCUGUAGGGGUCAGGGCCCUACAGUGGUGGCAGAGCCGGGACCUCGUACACAGCAGCAUGGACUCCAGACCUGAGCAGGACCUCUCUUCUCGUCCCAGGGUGACACGAGCUGAGUGGCCCAGCAAUCAGGGACCGCUUCAGGGUCCCUCUGCCCUGGUCUGUCCCUCUCACCCAGUCUGGACCCCUGUGGGGCACUUACCCUGUCCCCAGUUUUCCUUACAGGGGACCUGGGCAAAUCCCAGGGAAGCUUGCGCCUGUUAAGGAGGCCGUUCUCCUGCCUCCCGCUUGGGGAUCCAGCUUCUUCUCCCCUUGGAACUUCCCCAGCCUCCUGUGGAAACUCCAGCAAGACCUGGUACACUGAUGCAUAGGAGGAUGCAGGACCUGCUCAUCUCCCAUCUCCACAGCCAGAGAAGACGCAGGACGCUAACAGGCAGCCCAGGAUGCAGCAGGUACCAGGGAGCCUGGACCGGGCACAUCCUGCACCGGCCGCAUGGGAGGACAUAGGGGUGGCUACCCUUGAGCCUGCUCCCUGGGGUGCUGAGUGUUAUUCAGGGCCUUUCUCCAGGGUGUGGAUACCUGUCCUCUCACCUGCCCCCUGGUCUCCUGCCUUCCAGAUUCCUGCGGCCCAAAGGGAGAAAAGUGGGGCUGGGUCUACAUCCCCAUUGUCACUCCACAGCGUCCGGUGGGUCAACUGUCAGAGUGGGCACAUCAAAACCAAAGCUUGCCCAAAGGCAUGGCAGAGAACUUCCUUGUUCUGAUGCUGACGUGGGUGGCAUGCGUGGCCUGAGUUGGAGAAGGGGUGGGGCAGGGUAUCACUGACUCAGCAGCUUCCACGUCACUUUGAUGAUAUAUUAAGGUGCUUGAAUCCUAAGAGAAUGUUGGUGAAGAUCUCAACAUCACUCCUUGAGCAAGUAGCAGGAGCAGGAGGACAUAGACCAGGAACCGAUAAGAGACAAGCACGUGGACGGCAGCCCAGCAUCCAGGCUCAGACACUUGAUGGAUCCAUGCACAUUCACUUCCAACUUUAACAAUGGCAUUGGACGCCACCAGACCUACUUGUGCUACGAGGUGGAGCGCCUGGACAAUGGCACCUGGGUCCCGAUGGACGAGCACAGGGGCUUUCUACGCAACAAGCCUAAGAAUCUUCUCCAUGGCGUUGACGGCUGCCACGCAGAGCUGUGCUUCCUGGGCCAGGUUCCUUCUUGGCAGUUGGACCCGGCCCAGAUGCACAGGGUCACUUGGUUCAUCUCCUGGAGCCCCUGCUUCAGCUGGGGCUGUGCCGAGCAAGUGCGUGCGUUCCUUCAGGAGAACACACACGUGAGACUGCGCAUCUUCGCUGCCCGCAUCUAUGAUUACGACCCCUUGUAUCAGGAGGCACUGCGAACGCUGCGGGAUGCUGGGGCCCAAGUCUUCAUCAUGACCUACGAGGAAUUUAAGCACUGCUGGGACACCUUUGUGGACCGCCAGGGACGUCCCUUCCAGCCCUGGGAUGGACUAGAUGAGCACAGCCAAGCCCUGAGUGGGAGGCUUCGGGCCAUUCUCCAGAAUCAGGGAACCUGAAGGAUGGGCCUCAGUCUCUAAGGAAGGCAGAGACCUGGGUUGAGCCGUAGAAUAGAAGAUCCUCUUCCAAGAAAUGCAAACAGGCUGUUCACCACCAUCUCCAGCCGCUCACAGACACCAGCAAAGCAAGGCGCUCCUGACAAAUAGAUUUUUUAAAAAUCAGAGUGAAUUAAUUUUAAUUGAAAAUUUGUCUUAUGUUCCAAGUAUACAAUAAUAAGAUUAUGCUUAAUAUUCUCAGAAUAGUUUUCAAUUUAUUAAUGAAAUGAUUAAUUGGCUUCAUAUCUAAACUAAUAAAACAUUAAGAAUCUUCCAUUAUCGCUU